AUGGCUACUGGACCCGUUGAAGAACGUAAUCAAGACGCUACAAUUUACGUUGGUGGUCUUGAUGAAAAGACUACAGAAGCCAUUCUGUGGGAAUUAUUUCUCCAAGCUGGACCUGUUGUAAAUGUGCAUAUGCCAAAAGAUCGAAUCACUGGACAGCAUCAGGGUUACGGCUUCGUGGAAUUUUUAUCUGAAGAAGACGCAGAUUAUGCCAUGCGAAUCAUGAAUAUGAUCAAAUUGUAUAACAAACCAAUUCGUGUAAAUAAAGCUAGUGCUCAUCAAAAGAAUCUCGACAUCGGAGCCAACAUUUUUAUCGGUAAUUUGGACCCUGAAGUGGACGAAAAGCUUCUGUACGACACAUUCAGUGCUUUUGGAGUUAUUCUCCAAACUCCCAAGAUUAUGCGUGAUCCGGAAACUGGUAACUCAAAGGGUUAUGCUUUUAUCAACUAUGCGAGUUUUGAGGCCAGUGACGCAGCCAUUGAAGCUAUGAACGGCCAAUACCUUUGCAAUCGUGCCAUCACAAUUUCUUAUGCGUUUAAGAAGGACAGCAAGGGUGAGAGACACGGUACAGCUGCGGAAAGACUUCUGGCUGCUCAAAGUCCCCUCUCUCAAGCCGAUAGACCUCAUCAACAUUUUGCAGAUGCUCCCUUCCCUCCACCACCUCCACCUACUCUUCUAGCUGCUGCAACUGCUGGAAUUCCUGGAGCAGUUCAGCAUCCAGCUGCCUUCUCCACUUUGACUGCUGGUGUAAAUGCUCCCCAACUGUUUAUGCCUCCACCACCCCCACCGCCAAUGCUAGGAGUUGCCACAGUACCUGCCGCCAACGUAGCAGCACCGGGUCUAAUGCCACCGCCUCCACCACCACCUCCACAGUUCGCAGCUCCCUGGGGAGCGACACUUAUGGGAGCUGGUAUCCCUCCACCACCUCCCCCUCCUCCUCCAAUUAUGUAA